CCAACAGCCAAUCAAACACGAGUUUCCGUAAAAACCAGGAAUUGCUCUGCGGGCUUGAUAUAAAGUUGUUUGUUCAGCAGCUGUUUGGCGCUCGUAAACCUGAAGAAGAGCAGCGUGUGGAAGAUGAAGAUGAAGAUGUCUUCGCUGCUCAUGUUCACCUUUAGUUGUGUCUUAAUGUUCACUUUGUCGUCCUCCUGCUCCCAAACGCCAUCACUGUGGUGCUCGUCUCGAGAGGUGGCGGUCACGUGCCGGGUUUUGAAAAGGUGUCUUGAUGCCAACCUGACUCGGUCACAGCAGACAGCAGAAGUUGUCAAGCUGGAGGUUUACUAUGAGAGUCUUUGUCCAGACUGCAUCUUUUACAUCACACAGGUGCUCUACCCCACCUGGCUGCUUCUGCAGGACAUCUUCUCAGUCAGCCUGCUCCCCUUUGGGAAUGCUCAGGAGAAACCUGAUGGGAGCAAGUUCAUGUUUAAGUGCCAGCAUGGAGAACAGGAGUGCCUUGGUAACACGAUUCAGGCGUGUUUACUGAACAUGAGUGACAAUGCCUUCCUCAUCAUCUUCUGCAUGGAGGCCUCCACAGAUGUCAUUGCAGCAGCAAAGAGUUGUGUUGGCCUUUACAGCCCCCAGUUGAGCUGGGAGCGCCUCAUGAGCUGCGUGAAUGGCGACGAGGGAAACCAGCUCAUGCAUCAGAACGCCUUGAAGACCCAAGCCCUGGUUCCUCCUCACCGGUUUGUACCGUGGGUCACCGUCAAUGGGGAGCACACGGAUGACCUGCAGAGAAAGGCCACAACGUCUCUCUUUACUUUGGUCUGCAGCAUGUACAAGGGUGUCAAGCCAGUGGUCUGCGGAGGUGACAGCCAGAAACACUCCAAGAUCUACGUUCACAACUAAAGAAGUUCUUCCUGGCCCGAUGCUGGUCUUGCUGCAGGUGUGCUGGCCACCAGAUAACGAACCAUUUGAACCUUACAUACCAUAAAUAGGGCACUGUUUGGUAAUACACCUUUCUGGCCUCUAGAUGGCACCAUAGGUCACUCACAUCUUCACAUGGAAUAUUUACUAAAAGCUACCAGUAUACACUGAAGUCAAUUUUGUGUUGUUUUCUUAUGUUCUGAUAAAAUAAAACCAUGCAGUAUUCAAAA